UUGGCCUACAAAUAAAGAAAGGAAUGACUGAUCUUAUCAUCACGUACUCUUUAAUAAUUUCUUUGAUCGACAGUUCUGUGUUACUAAGAAAAAUGGGUUCCAAGGCGUUUCUUUUGCUAGGUCUUUUGUUGGCUAUUGUUCUUCUCGUCUCUUCGGAGGUGUCACCGAGAGACCUGGCUAAGACUUCCUCUGACCAGAGAAAAGUGGAGGCCACCAAAGAGGCCAAUGUGGUAGAUGAUGCCAAAUACGGUGAAUUUGGAGGAAAACGUGGUGGCGGAUAUGGGGGAUACCAAGGUGGGCGAUCUCGAGAUCCUAGAAUUCUUACAGGUUUGUCCGGCGGCAGACAUCGCUGCCCCGGCAAUCGUAGCGUUGGCUCUGAGUGGAACAAAGGUCCCGGCGGUUGUCUCCCUACUGAUCAUGAUGCAGAAACCGAAGCCAAGCCUCAAAACUAAAGCAACGUAAUUAUCUAAAUUAUAUAUACGGUGUUUAAUUUCGUUGUAAUUAAUGUAGUAUUUAAAUAAGGGUUAAUUAUAAAAUUGGUCCUAGUGCUUUUGAUCUUUAUCAAAUUAGUCCUUUGACUUUAUGAUAGUGUAAAAUUAAUCUUUCUGUUUGCUUAAGUUAGUGGGCCGUUUGCCACAUGUAGAAAAAAGAA